UUCUUACAACGAGCACUGAUAGUUAUCCAAUCUGAGGAAUUUCUAUAAGAAUUUCUAUACCAUGAACUACAUGCAAGUAUUUUGCUUUCUAGUUUUGAUUAGUGGAAUAAUAGCUCCAUAUAAUAAAGUCAUUCGGUCACCCGAAUGCCUCUAUAUGGCUGAUAAAGGACCCUGUGAUGAAAAUGUCCGAGUUUUUGGCUAUGAUUACCUAACCAAUCGCUGUGUUCAUUUCUAUUAUGGUGGCUGUGGGGGCAAUCCAAAUCGUUUCGCUACAAGAAAGGAAUGCAUGGACAAAUGCUUUGUGGACAAUGCGGAAGGACAGGACCUGGAAGAAGAUGCUAAGUUUAAUAUGUACUACAAAGAUGAUUUUUAACGUGAAAAAUUAAACUAAUUCUGUUGAAGAACCAGAAUAAGAGCAUUUAUGCAGCA